AUGGCGCGCGUGAACCUCGGCGUCAGUGAGGAGCCGCUGCCUGACGCGCCAAACAGCAAGGUCUGGGUGGUGCGCGGGGAGGGCUUCGAGAGCAGACACCUAUCCGCCGGGUCGGACAUGAAGGAUGUCUACAGGAAAGCGCUCGCGGACGACUCGCCAGCUCUGCAGCAGUGGCGGGAGGGGACGUGCGCACUCAAGAGCGCCCUAGCGGGUGCGGACGCCGCCAAGCUCAAGGAGAGCCUGCCUCCGCGAUUACAGCACAGCUGGAUCUCUGAGGCGUCGCCUGGGCCGAACAAGAAACGCAAGGCCGACCCGGACGCGCACGACGGACCACCAGAGCCGGCGCACGACAGCAACCGACCAUCCGAGGGGCCGCGGCGGGACGGUGACGGCGCGCAGGACGCCGCUGACGGACAGCCAAACGGUGCUGGGAACGCCGCGGCCGGCGACGGGCCCGCGGCGAACGGCCACGACCCCGGGACCUGCUUCCAAGGUGCACGCGACGUCAAUGAGCCUCGCGUGGAGCAGCCUGCGCCCCGUGACGGCGGGCAGGGCGCGGCGCAGGACGCCCCGAGGACGAUCGGGGUCGUCACGGCCGCGAUACUCAGGGCGCGGCGCACCCGCGCGGCGGCUCGGAUCGCGACACAGGGCGCGACUGUCGCGGCGCCGCUGGCUGCGCUGACGCCCGUCGCGUCCCCGGCCACGACGGCGGCGCCGGCAGCGGCGGCCCGGGACGAGCUGGUGUCGUCCGCUGCGGCAGGCAGCGACGAGGCCGCGGCAGCCAAGCGCGUGCAAGGCACACACGCACCGCGCAACGAGAGCGACGACGCUUGCGAUGACGACGACUGUCUGCCAAUCGCGGUAGCGGCGGCUGCGAAGCGCAGGCGGAUCGAGACGGAGGGGGGCACGUCGGAGAAGGCGGCGGGCGCGCGAGCGGCCGCGGGAGGUGUUGCGGUGGCGAAGGGGGGGGGUGUUUCUGCGGAGGGGAAGAGCGGCAAGGGGGGCGGCGAGGCCGACGUGGCGCGUCGGCGGAGCGACGGCGACGAGCGGGAGCGGCGGCGAGAUGCGACGGUGACGACGCAAUCGCCCUCGCAGCGACAGGCGGGGAGGUCUGCGGGCACGCGGAACGGCGGCGACGAGGGCGCCGCGGUCGACUUGAACAGCGGCGACGUGCUGUGCGCGCUGUGCGACGACGGCGGCGACCUGGUGACGUGCGACGGGUGCAAUCUCUCGUUCCACGUGACCGACGAGCAGGGGCGCUGCGAGCUCCUCAUCGACGACCCCGCGACCGCGCAGUUCGCGUUCUUAAGCGAGGACAUCAACUGGGGCAUGCGGUGUCCAAACUGCCGCGCCGGGAAGUACAUGUGCUACGCGUGUGGCGAGAUCGGCGAGCGCCGCGACGGUCCGGACGGCGUCAUCCGCUGCACCGUCGACACCUGCGGCCGCUGGUACCACCGCCGGUGCGUCAGCACGUGGGUGCGCGGCAACGCGCGAGACCCCAGCGCGGCGGCGUUCUGGGAGUGCCCGCAGCACUGGUGCACCGCGUGCGGGAAGAAGGCGCCGGAGUACGGUUGGCGCGGCGGCGGCGGCCGGGAGGGCCCCCGUUUCUUCGCGUGUCUCCGGUGCCCCAACAGCUACUGCGAGGGCUGCGUGCCGGACGGCGUGCGCGACCGCGAGUGGCUCUACGCCGACCUCGCGUCCGAGAUGGGCGCAGAGUCGGAGUACCCCCCCGCACAGAUGUUAUACUGCGAAAGGCACGCCGGAGACGCGCUGGAGGGGUCGCAAGGCGCGGCCGCAGUCCCGGUCCCUCGGAAGCCCUGGUCGGUCGCGAUGCUCGACGCCUGGCGCGACGACUACGCCCGCAGGAUCCAGGACUGCGGCCUCGCCAGCGACGAGGUCCUGCGCUGGUGCCGCGCCCGGCUGCGCGAGACGGACGAGGCCGCCGCGGCGGGCCGCGAGGCCCCGAGCUUGCCGUCGACGCCGCGGUCCACGCGCGAACGGAUGCGCGAGCUCGUCGCGCGGGCGGAGAGGGAUGUGCCGCUGGCGGUGAUUGCGACCUACCACGCCCGCGCACGGACGGGGGCGUUCACGUCGGACCGCAACGCAGAGCUGCCCGUCGAGAACAUCGAGAGCACGUACCGCGUGAUGCGCGUGGCCGAGGCCAUGCACGCGCAGCACCCGCGCGAAGCCACUUCGUUGAUUCUGCGCUGCAUGAGUCAGCGCCAACGGAGCCUCCUGCCUCUCCAGCGCGCGGUCCGGGGCCUGACCGGACGCCUCAUGCCGUACCUGUGCACCGCGGGGCGGUACACGUCGCACGGGCGGUACUUUACGUCCCCGAAGGCGCUCGAGCGCAUCACGGAGCGCGUCGUUCCGUUGUUCCUGCGCUCGAACGACGUGAUCGUGGACACGUGCUGCGGCGCCAACCACUGGAUGCCGCUGAUGAAGCGCAUGGCGCAGCUGGUGGGGUGCACCGGCGUCGCGGGCUGCGCAGUCGACAUUUCGCAGUGUCCGUCGACAGAAGGGUUUUUGCGAAAGGACUUCUUCCAGCUCACCGUGACCGACGUCGAGCGCGUGGUCCGCCGGCGCGUGGCGGGCGAGUCGCUCGUGAUGGGCCUCAAUCCGCCGUACGGCCGCGACUCGAACAAGGCGUCGCAGUGGGCCGAAAAGAUGUUGCAGUUCCAACCACGAAUCAUUGUGCUGCUGGUUCCCAAGGACACAUGGCCCGACCACGCCGCGGCAGGGUACGUGCUGAUACACGAGGAGAAGAACCAGGAGUUCAACGAGUUCGCGAUCCCGGGCGCCACGCAGCAGAACGCCAGGCAGAAGAACUACUUUGCGCCUGUGCUGCGGAUAUACCAUCGCGGCGACCUCCUGAGCGGGGACUGGCCCGACGCAGCCACCAUACCGGGCGUCAUGGACAUGAGCUAG